AAUGUCAGCUGUCAAUUGACGUUUAUCAUUGUUUAUAUUUACUAUUUAGUUAAAAACAUAAAGCUUAAAAAUUUUUUAUAUUUAAUACAAGUAUACAAUUAGUGUAUUGAGAUAUAGAAAAAAUUAAACAAAACUUGGUAAUAGUGAAUAACAAAUUUUAAUGUUAUCAAAUAUGAGUGAGGUCGGAAAAAAACGUAAAUUAAAGUCGGAAAAUCGGUUUUCUAAAAAAUGUAAGGUUACACGUAAAAUAUCAACACCUUCCUUUAACAAAAAGAAUAAUGAGAUAUCUUAUGAGAAUCAUGAUCAUUCAAUAAUUGAUUGUGUUAAUGACGAUUGUCUGGCUGAAAUAUUCACGUAUGUGCCAGUAUGGGAAAGACCUAAAAUUGCAUUGGUAUGUCAAAAAUGGAAAAGAGUCCUUGAUUAUUCUUGGGGUAGUGGCAAAAAACUUCAACUAACUCACUGGGAACAAGCUGAGUAUCCAAAUUGUUUGAAGAAAUAUCCAACACCUGAUGAAAAAUUAAGCUUUUUAAAUUCAUUGCUUUAUAAAUGCGGUCGUUAUUUAACACAAUUAGACUUGACAGCCUAUGGUUAUAGUGACAUUGUGCCAGUUAUUAAUAAAUAUUGUCCAAACCUCGUCAAACUUCGAUUGAGAUUCAUCUUUGAUAACAACAAAAUACUAUUUAGUGAUGUAUUUUCACGUCUAUCUAAGCUCAAAGUAUUAACAGUCAUAUUCCAAUAUCAUGUGAGACACCACUCUAAGCUGUAUUAUUUAAUCAUUGCAUUGGAAUCCCUUGCUGAUACAUUGACUGAUGUGACUCUUUUCAAUUGGCAAGGUGACGAUCCCUGUACACUUGAUAGUCAUCCUAUUAGUACACCCUGUGAAUUUCCACCGAGCACCCUUCGUGUGCUUCGUCAACUAAAGGCUCUGAAACGAUUUGAAUUUGGUGGUAUUAAAAUGAGCCCAGAUGUCGAAGAGUAUCUGACAAAUAAUCGCACACUAGAAGUUAUUUUUUAUGAUCAUUACAUAAACAAAGAUGUUAUUAAGCCAAAUCAGUUAAUGAGUAUAACUACAUUGGAUUUGUUGAAAUACAAAGUUUCAGAUGAUAGUUUGUAUACUAUUGCCAAUACUAUGAAGCAAUUAACAAAGCUCAAGAUAAAUUGGAUAUGGAUAACUAACGAUGGUAUAGUAGCCAUUUCAAUGAUGAAUAAUUUAACAUAUCUUUGUAUUUUCGGCUAUAAUGACAGCAUUGAUUCUUCAUCAAUCAUAUUGCUUAAAAAUUUGAUUUACUUGAUGUUACCAUGGAGCAAAAAAAUUAAUGAUGAUUUAGCCAUGAAAGUUCUUGAAAAUUCACCAAAGAUGGAGAUGUUUUUUGUUCCGUAUACAAGUGUAACUGUUGAAUUUAUCAGAAAAGCAGCAGAAAUAUCAAGAAAUCGAAAACAACAUUUAACUUUAGCUGUUUCUUUUAUAAUUGAUGAAGAAGCAUAUGAGUCGCCAUAUUUCAAAAUUAUUUGUACAACAAAAAAAACAAAUAAUUGACUAAUUAUUUUGGUGAUAACUGACUAUUAAUAUUGCGACGAAAGAAAAAUCUUUCAACUGUUUUCAAUUCAAUAAAAUCAAAUAUAAUAAAAAAUUAUAUGAAACUUCGUUAACAGAAAUAUUUAUUCAUUUUGGUAAUAUUUUUGAUAAAUUCAAGUCUAAAUCUUUAAUUUUUAAUAGUUCAGACUUAAUUAAUUGAAUAAUUUAAUAAAAUAUUCAAAGACAUUACAGAUUAUUAUUAAAACAAAAAGAUAAAAUUGUAUAUAAAAAAAAAGGUAAUAAGCUGUAUUUUAUCGAGCAAGCCUGUGAGAUAAAUAAAUAAAUAAAUGCAGUAAAUGUAUGGCUGUGAAAAUAUCGUUGCUACAUAUGUUAUAAUCUAUUUAAAAAAAAAAUAUAUAUAUAUGAAAACUUACAGACAUGAACAACACAGUAAAUAAAAUAAUAAAUAUUAAAUUAAAGGGUAAAAAAUAAAGAGUUUAAAAUGAAUUUUCAAUAGUUAUAAAUUCAAAAAGAAAAAAAAAAAAAAACAAACAUAUUUUUCUAUUAGGAACGACUUUCUUGAAAAUAAAAAAAAUUAUAUUUAAAAUACCGAAGUAAUUGAAGCGGAAAUGUUGUUAAUCGCACAUAAUAUACAAUUUAAAUAAUAAUAAUUAACACAGACAUUAAUUAUAAAAUUAUAUACGAUAAAUAAAUUUAUGA